AUGAGUUCCGACUAUUCCUACGAUGAACAGGGCCAGUUCUUCCCGUUCUUCAUCUUCACCCUCUCCGGUCUAGUCACCCUCCCCCUGACGUACACGCUUCUGCGACGCUCCACCGACGACGACGAGAUCGCGCCCCGCAUCAGGUCGGACUUCAAGCCUGAGGAUGCUGCCACCAUAGACAGUCUGCGAAACGCCGACAAGCGGAGGCAGAGGAGGGUCAAGAGGGCCAUCGCGGCCCUGAUCGGUUGGGCCGUCAUGGCCGCGAUGGCCUAUCUCAUCAUAGUCACCCAGCAGACCACAAACCAGAUCUGGAACCCGUACGACGUGCUUGGAAUCCCAGAUUCGUCGACCGAGAGAGAGAUCAAGUCGCGCUACAAGCGGCUCUCGGUCAAGUACCACCCCGACAAGGUCAAGCCCGACCCUGCGAAGAACGAGACGGUCGAGUCGCUCAACGAUUACUACGUCGGCCUCACCAAGGCGUACCAGGCCCUGACGGACGAGGAGGUGCGCAACAACUACGUCCAGUACGGCCACCCGGAUGGCAAGCAGAGCAUGAGCAUCGGAAUUGCCCUGCCCAAGUUCAUCGUCGACGAUGGCAACGGCAAGUACGUCGUGCUGCUCUACACCCUCCUCCUCGGUGUCCUGCUCCCAUGGCUGGUCGGGUCGUGGUGGUACGGCGCGAAGCGCAGGUCCAAGGAGGGCGUGCUGAUGGAGAGCGCAAACGACCUGUUCCGCCACUACGAGGACCCCAUCGAGGCGUCUGGGAUCCUCUACGCUCUCAGCAACGGCAAGGAGUACGAGCUUCUCCUCAAGGGUGACAAGGCCGACGCGGGCCUGUCCAAGAUCGAGUCGCGCAUCGUCGCCGCCGCCGCCGAAGGCUCGACCGAGUUCGCCUGCGGCUUCUCCGUCAAGGACAAGGAGGCCCUCGAGGAGCUCGACUGUGGCGCGCGCCGCAAGGCCCUGGCUCUCCUCUGGGCCUACCUGGGCCGCAUCGAACUCGACGACGCCAGCCUGACCAGGGCCAAGUACGAGGUGGCGCCCAUCGCCCGCGCUCUCCGUGACUCGUUCGCCACCAUCUCCCUGGCCUUUGGUAACAUCAAGCCCAUCCUGGCUUCGUUCCAGGUCAACCAGCAUCUGAUCCAGGCCCUGGCCCCCAGCGCCUCGCCCCUCCUCCAGCUCCCCUACUUCAACUCCAAGAUUGCCGCCGCCGUCGAGGGUGGAUCGCGGGACCACAUGACGGUGCAGCAGUUCAUGGACCGGCCAGACGCGCAGCGCAGGGAAAAGGCCGUCGGCGACGGUCUCUUGACGGACGAGCAGUACGAGGAGGCCAUGAGGGUGGGCAAGCAGCUCCCCUACCUGCGCGUGGACAGGGCCUUCUUCAAGGUGACGGGCGAGCGCAUCAUCAUUCCGUCGUCGCUCGUCAGCCUGGUCAUCAAGGGACGCUUCAUCCCGCCCGGGACAGAGAAGGUGCCCAAGGUCAACGAGCUGGACCUCGAGGACGUGGACCCGGACGAGGACGACCUCGAGGCCAUCACGGGCCGCAAGAAGACCAUCAAGGGUCCCGACGGCAAGCCCAUGUCGGUCGAGGAGAAGAAGAUCCUCCCCCCGCUCACGCACGCGCCCUACUACGCCCGGGCCCAGGCGCCUAGGUGGCACGCCUUCCUCGGCGACUCUAAGCAGGGCAAGAUGGCCGUGCCCCCCUUCACCUUUACGCACUUUGACCAGCCCGUCUUCGAUGACGAGGGCAAGCCCACGUUUGCCAUGCAGACGCUCAAGGCCGUGUUUGCCGCCCCUCCCCAGGUGGGACAUUACACGUUCGUCCUGCACGUCAUCUGCGACUCUUACGUCGGCCUCGACACGCGCAUGGAUGUGACCAUGGUUGUCGAGGAGGCCAGUAAGGCUGCCGAGAUGGCUGGAGAGGAUGAAAUCUCCGAACCGGAUGAAGACUCCAUCGCCGGACAGAUGCACGCCCUCAAGACGGGCCAAGCGCCUUCUUCGAAACCCAAGAGGAGACAGCAGGCCGACGACUCAUCAGACGAGGAGAGCGCCACCGAGGAGGAAGACGAUGACACGAGCGCGACCAACACUGAUACAGAGGAUGAGUCGUGA